AUGAUCUCAACGACAUUAAUUGUGGCCUUGCUGCUCCAUGUUGCCGAGGGAGUUCAUCAGUGUCCGAUGUAUGGGAUUGGCGGACUUGGAUAUCCAUAUUCUGGUACAUAGUAAGUAGUAAGGCGCUAGCUGUGUCUAUAGGGAACAUCAUAGACAAGAAAAAUGAUUUCAGCUGCGGCUCCGAGUCAAUCUUCCACUACUACACUUGCUGUGAGCACAAUUUCUACGAAUGUUGCUUCAAUUUGGAGCCUUGGGUAAUGUAUGUAAAUUCAGAUUUGUAUCCAUAUGGACCGUUGACUUCGGCUGACUAUUUGAGUCAAUGGAUGGCACCGUGCACGACUUCCCCUUGCAAUCAGCAAUCAACGGGACUCGUUCCCUCAGACAGCUACACCGACAAUUGUGGCAACGUUAAUUGUGACGCGAAUUGCAACAACGAUUGUUGUUGCUGUGAUGAUGGGAUCGACUACUGCAACAUGGAUGCUGGAGGGUAUGGGGUGAUGGGGUCAUCGUAUCUACCAAAUUCACCAGGAUUGUUAAUGUAUCCACAUUAUAAUCAGCCCUUCUCUACUUUAAACAAUUACGGAAUACCGUAUUCACCACAUCUAUAUGGAAUGUUUCCAUAUGCGGGUUAUCCACAGAUCCUACCUCCAUUUUCUUCGUAUGCCGGGUUACGAUAUCCACAUAUGCAAAGAAAUCUCUUCUCUCCAGUAGUUCCUCCGGCUCGGCCACCUCCAAAUCCCAUUCCUAUAUCACCCGUACAGCCACCAGUAUCGCCGCCAGUACCAUCACCAGUAUUGUCGCAGAAUCAACAGUACUUCUCUCCACAAUACUACGACCUCUACCGUCAAUACAUCCAAGCAAUUCAUGGUCAGCAAGUUCGCCAUCUAAAGAAGAUUGAAAGAUGCAAACGCAAAUGCAAGGGGAAGCCAGUGCACGGUGCAGAUCUACAGACUCAGAUGGACCCAAACGACGAAUCGACCAGUAAAUGUAUUAUCUAUUUCAGUGUGGCUCUAGUCAUCUUGCUGGUGGUUGGAAUACUUGUCUGUCUGGGAUGCUGUGGAUUCUGCAUUUGGACGGUCAGACCAAGCGAUUAA